AUGGGUGUCCUGACGGGAGUGACCCGCGCCCUGGUCCGGGGAGCGGACAGGAUGAGCAAGUGGACAAGCAAGCGCGGCCCUCGCACUUUCUACAAGAGCCGGGGCGCCAAGGCUACCGGUGUGCACGCCGCUGGCCGGAAGUUCGUGACCAUCAAAGAGAUGAUCCCGGAGUUUGUGGUCCCGGACCUGACCGGCUUCAAGCUGAAGCCCUACGUGAACUACCGUGCCCCCGCGGGAACCGACACCCCGCUAACGGCCAGGGAGCUCUUUCAGCAAGCAGUGGCCCCUGCGAUCGAGAGGGACUUAAAAGAAGGGACUUUUGACCCCGAGAACCUGGAAAAGUACGGUUUUGAGCCCACCCAGGAAGGCAAGCUCUUCCAGCUGUACCCCAAGAAUUUCCCGCGGUAG